UGUCUCCUCUUGAGCUGUGUGUGUGUCCAAAUAGUUUCACUUCUCUUUCUGCAUCAGUUCUGUAAAACACUGUCUUUAUUUCAGGAGACAACACAAGAGCUGGGAGGAAUGGCCCCCUGCUGGCUCAUGAGUGGAACUGCACUGCUGUUGCUGAUUUUCUCUCUCCUUGGUCUGAGCCCGGUCCAGAGCCAGACCUCCUGUGAUCGACCCGGGACACAUGGACUUCCCGGAACUCAUGGACCCUACGGCAACGACGGACCUAAGGGAGACAAGGGAGAGCCAGGUGAGUCACUCAGGUCAACCCAGGGCCUCAAAGGGAACCCAGGACCACAGGGCCCCACAGGACGCCCGGGGCCCAAGGGGGACCCAGGUUUGACCGGGCCCCCUGGUUACCCCGGGCGACGAGGAGAGAAGGGCCGUCCUUUCAACGCCUACACCCGAAGAGUUCUAUUCUCCAUGAAACGAGAGCUGGGCGAAUUCCCCGAAAACGACCAGCCAAUGGCGUUCAACAGGCCCAUCCUCUCAGACCAAGCUCCUCAGGGCGUCUCUCUCAUAAACAGCUCGUUCGUCUGUGAAACUCCAGGAGUUUACUUCUUCAGCUUCCACAUCUCCGUCAAAAGCAGAGUCUGUCUGAAGUUACUGAAGGGCUCUGAUGUCCACAUGACCCUGUGUGAUAACUGGGAUGGUUACUUGGUGACCUCUGGCUCUGCAGUGCUCCGCCUACAGGCCGGAGACAGCGUUUCUCUACAGACAACUCGAUUCAACCAGAUCGUGACCACUUCAGGAAGCAGCCACACGUUUAACGGCUUUCUCAUCUACAAAACAUGAAAUACACAACAUUUACACACAUGCUUUUGUUUUGUUUUCUUUGAGUUCAAAUCACUGAACAUAUUCAUACUUUGCAGCUGAUGUCAUCAACAUUUCCUGGGGGUGUGAUGCUAACUGAAGGCACUGCUCUGUCUGAAGCUCUGUUACUCAAGUUAGAAUUAAUCUGAGCUUUGUUUGAACUCAGUCUGACCAUAAAGAGCUCACAUAGCUGGAAAUACAACAGGCUGUGCUGUUAUUUUAAUAGAUCCAGGCUGGAGUUUUGUUUUGCUUCAUUCACACAUGUUUAACACACAGGUCCUGCAUUCUUCUCUCAAACAGAAAACACCCUGUUCCACCUUGUGAUGUCAUGUGGUAAUACAGGAAGUGUUCCAUUGUAUUUUUACACUCCACACACCUUCACUAGAAUCAUUUGGAUCAUUUCAGCCCUGGAAUUGCCGAUCUCUACUGAACUAAAGGUAAAAGGAACUGUUCACUUGAGAACUACCACUUCAUGACAUCACAAGGUGGAACAGAGCAUUUAGAGCGAUGGAGAUGUAAACAGACUAAUAAUAAAGAGUUACUCAAACAUGUGUGAAUGAAACAAAACACAACUCUAGGUCUGUUUUUGAUCAGGCAACAACAUUAUAACAGGACUUAAAAAGAGUCGACUGUGAAUAAUAUAGGACCUUUUAAAAUGUGUUGUUUACAUAAAUUGCGUAUUUCUUCUUGAGUUUUCAAACAAUCUAAAAACUCCACUUGUCUUUGCUAAUGUGUGCAUUGUGUCUCCAUGGUAACUGCUGAACAUUCCACAAUAUAGAGAUCCAUGUUGAACCCCCCCAGCGUGAUGUGACUGCAAAGUAUCAAUUCAUCUGAUCAUCUUUAUAUAAAAGUUAUUGCAAAGUACGACUCACCAACACGUGAAAACAAGAUAAGGACAUAACAUAGAUAGUAGUAGUAGUAGUAGUAGUAGUAGUAGUAGUAGUAGUAGUAGUAGCAGCAGCCUGAAAUAUGUCUAGCACAUCUUUGAAUGAAAUAAAAUAUAUUACAAACACA